AUUUAAUUACUUAUUAUACAUACAUGAAUUAUUUGAAUUUGUAUUUUAGUCGUGAAUUAGUGUUAAAAAAGAAACCGAAUCGUGCCCAUAAAGCCUUAGUUAACUUUGAGAAAAAAGUGCUAUCUGAAUCCCCGAAAGCACAAACGUUUACUGUCAUUACUCAAAAUGUUGACGGUCUUUCGAGUAAUAUCGAAAAUUUGAUUGAAAUGCAUGGUUCUCUUUUUAGGACUUGUUGUACUAAAUGCGGUGAUAAAAGUGAGAAUCGUGAUUCUCCUAUCGCACCUGC